GUUGGUGAACUCUUAGUCUCUACUCGCCCCCCAACAUGUGAAGAGAGGAGCUGAACCCUACCUAGGCCUGAUUCAGUCUCUUCUCUCCUAACCCAGCUCAACCAGAACUCUCUUAAGACUCGUCUCUUAAAAAAUCUAGAUCUCUGUUUAUGUUUAACUUAGGUCGGUUGACCCAUGAUCUCAGAAAUCCUCUAAACCAAUUUCGGCCAACCCCCCUUCCUGUCCAACCCCUCUGAAUACCAAUUUCCAAAUUUAAAAAUUAAAUCCCCGAAAAUUUGAAACUAGUUUUCUGCUGUGUACACUUACAGUGAAUUGUUUGUGUACAAGUGUACAGUAAGUGUUGAACAAAGAAAAAAUGGUCUCAUGGAGAAAGUGAGUGUUUGGUUGAAGCCUAGAAUUGCCUGAGAUUGAUUGCUAUGGGUCCGCUUGAUCUCGACAAUCUGUUCAGCAUGAAGGAUCGUCACGCUAGGAACAUAUACCACGAUCAGUUGUACACCAAGGAUCGAUCCGAAUACAAGGAUCGACAUUCGGACCUCAAGUACAAAGAUCGCCACAUAGACUCGCUGAUGAAAGAUCGUCACACCGAUCUUGUAUCGAUCAAGGAGCGGGCUCUGCUGCAAGGGAGCGGGAGUGUAUCUGGGAGCCCAGGGAGGAUUCAAGAAAACCUGUCCAGAGACUCCGGUAUCGGAGGUGUUAAGGAUGGUUUGAAUACGUCUGGUGAGAGUGAGAAUGAUAUCCCGAAAUAUAUUACAGAUAUCAAUGAUUGUAAAAACUACGCAAGAGGAAGGUUUCUAGGAAAGGGUGGGUUUGCGCGUGUACAUGAACUGAUAGAUCUCAGCAACAAUAGUCUCUACGCUGGCAAAAUUAUUCACAAAUCUAGAAUCACCAAACCUCAUCAUAAAGAUAAAAUUACUAGAGAAAUAGAGCUUCAUAGGAAUUUAUUGCACAAGAAUGUAGUUCAGUUCAUGAAAAAUUUCGAGGACUCGGAUAACAUAUACAUCCUUCUGGAGAACUGCUCCAAGAAGUCCCUCGUCCAUGUCCUCAAGAGCAGACACGUCGUCACCGAACCAGAGACGAGAUACUACAUGGACGAACUAGUGUCUGGUGUCGAGUAUAUCCACUCCCAGAAUAUAAUCCACCGUGACUUGAAGUUGGGUAAUCUCUUCCUGACGGGAUCUAUGGGAGUCAAGAUCGGUGACUUCGGGCUCGCGACACGGGUCGGUCAGGAGAAGAAAGGGACCAUUUGUGGAACCCCAAACUACAUAUCUCCUGAGGUGCUUAAUAAGGAAGGACACGGAUUUCCUGCUGAUGUCUGGGCUUUAGGCUGUGUUAUGUACGCUUUAUUAGUCGGAUCUCCUCCCUUCGAAACAUUAACUCUCAAGGAGACGUAUACCCGUAUUGCUGAGAAUGUAUACAGUAUACCUGAAAGUGUAUCUCCAAGUGCUGCCGGACUUAUACGUCGUCUUCUUCACCAUAAUCCUAGAUCCAGGCCUAGUGUUUCAUCCAUACCUCAGGAUACGUUUUUUUCCUCCGGUUUAUUCCCAAGGUCCCUCCCCCCCUCGGCAUGCUCUCAAACUCCUUCAUUUUCUCCUGAACCCUAUCUCAACCAUCAUAUGGACAUAUCCAAUCUAACCAGCUCCGUACAUACCUUAACCCUACCCAACCCUAACCUGUCCACCCAUCAUAACCCUAUGGAGCUCAGACCAAUAGAUGUAUUUAAAACACCGAAACCAAAAUUAAAAACAAAUACAUUGAGUUUGUAUGAAGCUCUGACCGGCGCGCUGCAGAAUAUGCCGAGUAGGUCAGAUUCAUCACUCAAACCAACCAAGGAUACAACAGUAUUUAUCAGUAAAUGGAUAGAUUACAGCAAUAAAUAUGGAUUCGGAUUCCAACUGACUGAUAGAUGUAUUGGUGUACUGUUUAAUGACAAUACACGGAUCAGUUACUCUGCAGAUAGAAGUUACAUACAGUUUGGGGAGGGAGGGAGCAUGUCAACAAUGAACUCUCAUCAAGUACCUCCAGGACUACAUGAGAAGUUUACCCUCCUCCGAUACUUUGCUCAGUACAUGGAUCAAAACCUAACAGAGGGAGGAGAAACUGGCCGCAGAUUGUCACGUGUUCAACCAGCAACUAUUCCUCAUAUAAAACGGUGGGUUCGGACUCCUAAAGCAAUCAUCAUGCAUCUUACCAACGGAACAAUACAGGUGAAUUAUUUCAAAGAUCACACUAAGCUGAUAGUUGGUGGGGAUAAGACCCAUGUCGUGACGUAUGUCUCCACAGACCGCCAGAGUAAUAGCUUCCUGCUAGCUGACCUGGCCCGCCGUGGCGCCCCCGCCCCGGUCAGAGAGCGCAUGUCCUAUGUUGCCUCGGUGCUAGAAGAGUUUGCAGAGCUGGACCAACAAAUUUGCAACGAGAAUCAUUAACUCAAUUAAUUAUGCAAUUAGAAAAUUAAAAUUGCCUUUCAUUCUCAGAACAGCUGAAUCUAAGAACAACUAAAUCUCAGAACAGCUGAUUCUCAGAACAGCUGAUUCUCAGAACAACUUCUCAGAAAAGCUGAUUCUCAGAACAACUGAUUCUCAGAACUACGGUUUUGUACAAAUCAACAAUGAAAAAUCAAAACUAUGACUUCUCAUAUCCUGUUAAAAAUUAAACAAGAAUUCUCAAAAAAGACUUUUGGCAAAACACGUCACAUCAAUUUUGAUAGUUAUCUCAGUGGCCUUAAGUCUGCUUAGUACAAACAUUUCAAAGUCUCAAAUCGGCCAACGUCCGAGAGGAGCCUGGCCCGUUUGGGCCCAAUAGUUCAAUCCAUUCAUAGUCUUUCAGGCAUAAUUAAUUUUAAAGAGGCAUUUUUCGAUUUUACUCAGUUCUUCAGAAACCGUUUAAGUUUCAAUUUAAGCGCGAAGACAAAAAAACGAAUCGGAUUUUUUUUGGAAUUUUGAUAACAGGAAAAGUAUCAUAGACUCAUAAUUAUGACAAAAUUAAAAUAUUUUUUCAUAUUUAGUUUUCAAAAUAACCUACAGACCAAAAAAUCAUAAAUCAUACAGUGCUUUAAUUUCACAUUACUUAACACCAGUCUGGCUCUAUACAAUGUUCUCCGAGGACUUAAAAGCAAUUUAUACUGCCUGUAUUGUUUUUACUGUUGCUUUCAAUUAAUAUUUAAUCCUUCUUGCCAAGAAGCCUAAAUUGCCAAGAAUACUAAAUAACAUAAAAAUGACUGAACGCGCCAUUUUUAGCCAAAGACUCAAAAUAUUUUUGAACCACUGGCCUCUAUUAUACAUGUAUAUACAUUAAAAACUGUAAUCUGCAUAAAAUUUGUGAUAUUCAACUUAAAUUUGAUAUUUUUCAAACUAUUUAAAGUUUGAAUGUGGUGAUUUUUACAUCAUCAAAAUUUUGUAAAGGCAUUUCUUUCUUUUUUGGAAAAGCCGGGCAUUUAAGGCACUAUUCGACUUAUUUUACCUUUUAAAAUAAGUUGAACUGAUCUCAGCCUCGUGGUUUUACCGUCGCCAUUCUAUUUCAUGAAAGAAAUGCCUAUUAGCUCAAUGUGAACAAAUUUUUGUAAAUAAACGCCUACGUGAUAAGUCGCCCAUUUUGAAAAAAAUGCGCCAAACUUAUCACGCUUGGGCCUGUGUACACUGUACACGUGAUAACUAUCUUGCUUCCAGCAAUCCCAGACUGUACAAAUUUUAGAGAGAAAAAUCUUCCAAUCUUUUAGAAUUUGAUACUCAAUCACCUAAAACUAACUGGGUUUGCCUUUAUGAUCAUGUAAUUACAUCCUAAGUGUGUAAAUUCAUUGAAAUAAAUAUUUUGUUAAAA